CUUUGCUGUCCUCUCGUCUCCCUCAAUUGCAGCUGCUAUGGCCAGGAACCUUGCUACGACCUAUACCCUAAUUCAUGCUUUCUUGGUCAAGAAUAAACAUACCAAAGCAGCCUCCGUUUUGAAAAAUUCCGUCAAGGAUGUCGUUGUCCUCAAGGACGAGGUUACCGUGGCUGGCCCCAGCCUGGACGUGAUAGUCGAACGGUACAAAAAGGCAACUAGCGGUGACUCUUCAGACUCGGACUCCAGCUCAGAUGAUGACUGUAUGUCACUCCGUCGUAUUUCACGCAAUGCUGAUUUAUCAACUAUAGCAUCUUCGGAAGCGGACUCCGACUCUUCUGACUCUUCGGACACCUCUGAUUCAGAUUCUGACUCCUCUGCCGACUCAAGUUCUAAAGAGACGAAGAAAAGGCUCGCGUCCAAGACUUCAACCUCAAAUCCCAAAGUGCCGGAACCCUCAAAAGACGCCAAAAAGAAGAAGGCAGCUCCUUCCUCGUCCUCCUCGUCCUCUUCCGACUCUGAAUCCUCCGAUUCUGAGUCUGAUACCUCUGUUGUCAAGCCAGUAUCUGAUGCAAAGCUUUCCAAGCUUGCCGCCCCAAAAUCAAAGGCACCUUCUCCAUCCUCAAGCUCCAGCUCCGAGGAUUCCGAUGACGACUCGUCAAGUUCGGAGCCAGGUUAGUGCUCCCUCCCUGGUCGCUAAUGAGCUAUUACACCCGUACCCAAAGCACCCGUUACCGUUCCUAUAAACUGAUACAGAUUCGGCAGAUGUGAAGGACAAGGAAUCAAAUGACCCCGCGAAAAGAGACACAAGUAAGACGUUGUCGUCCGGGAGUGAUUCCUCCAGUGACGAUAGCAGCUCAGAUGAA